UCAUGGACGAAGAAGGUCUGGCCAAGCAAUGAAUCAAGGCCAGCUCCUGCCUUUUGCUCUGCCUGCAUUUACUUUCCUACCUUUAUAUACCAUACGUGCCUAUCUGCUGCCGCGUCGAACUGCUUCUAGACACUAUUUUCCGCAUGUUUGCUGUUGGGAACGAAGCCAAUCGCAACAUAUCUACACGAAAACCGACUUUGCACAGGCCGGAAAACUCACAAAAAGACGGUCUCAGACAUGUCGAAACGAACAAGCACCGCCAAUGGCGCCCUCUCCAAGCAAGCCUCCGAGGUCGCAAGUGAGCCUCCCAAGGACAGACAGCAGGAUCUGCUCACCUCUACCGACGGCCACUUCUCGCUCGUCAGGGCUAUGCACAUGGCCGACUACAUCACGGAGAUGAACGGUUUCUGCGGCAUCAUGUCCGUCUUCUCCUCCCUCCGCUACUGCCUCGGAGACCCGACCGACAAGUCGAACCUCUACCUCGCCCUGGCUUUCCUGCCCGCCGGUCUGUUCUUCGACUUCAUGGAUGGACGCGUCGCCAGAUGGCGCAAGAAGAGCAGCAUGAUGGGACAGGAGCUCGACUCCCUCGCCGACCUGAUCUCCUUCGGCCUCGCCCCCGCCUGCGUAGCCUUCUCUAUCGGCCUGCGCACGACCCUUGACCACAUCUUCCUCGCCGUCUUCGUCUUGUGCGGCCUGACCCGCCUCGCGCGCUUCAACGUGACCGCCGCCAACAUCCCCCACGACGCCUCGGGCAAGGCCAGCUACUUCGAGGGCACCCCGAUCCCGACGUCGCUGGGCACCGACGCCCUGAUGGCGUACUGGGUGUCCCAGGGCUGGAUCCUGGACCAGGUUCCCUUUGGCGUCUGGUUCCAGGGCACCGCCUUCGAGAUCCACCCCAUCGUCUUCCUCUUCGUCGCCCACGGCAGCUUGAUGGUCUCCAAGACUCUGCACGUCCCUAAGCCUUAGAAACAAAGAAAGACAGAAAACGAAAGAAAACAAAGAGCUGGGAUUUACAGGGGUGGAAGUAUGAAUUUCACGGCGUCGGGGGAGAGUCGGUCGUGACGAGUAUGUGGACAGGAGAACGAAUACACGUGACAAUUUGGCCGUGGCGUUUAUUCCCGACUAGCAUAUUCGGCAGCGUCUGGAGUGGCAGGACGAUUAACACGCGAGCAUGAAAGAAGGGGGAAAGUCGAGAGACUUGUAUUACUUAUAGACAUGCCAUGUAUUGAUGCGAGGUUAGCUCACCAUUCCGAGACAAUGAUGCACACGAUACCCCUUUAUAUU